CUCAAGUAACUCUUCAGAUUCAUUUCUGAACAGCAAAAAUGAGUGGAAGAGGAAAAGGUGGCAAAGGACUCGGUAAAGGAGGCGCUAAGCGCCACCGUAAGGUGCUCCGUGAUAACAUCCAGGGCAUCACUAAGCCAGCUAUCCGCCGCCUGGCUCGCCGUGGUGGCGUCAAGCGUAUUUCUGGUCUGAUCUAUGAGGAGACCCGUGGUGUGCUGAAGGUGUUCCUGGAGAACGUUAUCCGCGACGCCGUCACCUACACUGAGCACGCCAAGAGGAAGACCGUGACCGCCAUGGAUGUGGUGUACGCUCUGAAGAGGCAGGGCCGCACUCUGUACGGCUUCGGCGGUUAAGUUUACAGUAUUGAUCCAAACAACAAAAGGUCCUUUUCAGGACCACCCAUCUCUUCAAUAGAGCUGAUUCUACUCUGUGUGUGUGUGUCUUUUUCACUGGUACAAACGCUGAACAUUCAGGCUGGUUGUAUUGCGCUAAUGUAAUAGAUCAUCGUGCUCAUUUACACAGCUGCACCGUGUGUCUCAACAAAUUUUCCAGUUUGUGGGUGAGACUGAAAUGUGUCUGAGAAGGUUCUCAGUGUUCCAGGUCAUCGUAGUCUAAGGAGCUUGGAAAGAAGUGUUCGGACUUAUUUUAAGUUGAGACUGAAAUAUGAAGAACAAUUUCCUUUUGUCUACGGUAGCGCAAAGUCUGCGGUAACCGUAGACGGUUACGUCUUUUCGUUGGCCCGGAGUCUACGGUGACUGGACUCUGGCCCAAUAAGAGCGCUGAAUCCCACUGUAGACGACCAAUCGUCUGUUGACGGAAGUUGUGUCACCAAAACAACAACGGGCAGCGGGACAGCGAAACGGCCAACUCCGCUGUUUUUUCUGGAAACUGGCAUUUCUUUUAUGUUUACAUCUUUUCAGCGGCUACAACUGAUGAUGGCGACACCAGCAAUUCGCCCCUGCACCUCGUCAGCAGGCCGGGUGACAAGUAUGGUCUUCACCAAACCUCAUCAGGAGCUGCUCAGCCGAGUCGCUGCCUUCACUCACGCGCAGAAGCUUCUUCGAGCAGAGGGUAUCCACGCGCCUUCACGUCAGCAGUGCCCGGUGGUGCUUUCGGUGGCUCGUUACAAACGAUAGCCAAUCAGGAGAGUCUUCAGCAUCAAACUGAUCUGGACUCGGUGUUUAAGAGGCUGGAGGACAUUAACACGUUUGUGAAGAACGAGCUGCAGGAGAUGCAGAAUGAUCUGAAUCCAGAUUAUUCAGAGUGUCAGAGGGAUGAAGAGGAGGUGUUGGACAGUGAGGAAGAGAAGCAGAGAAGGAGCAGCAGAGAGGCAUUUCUGAAACUUGCAGUUAACUUCCUGAGAAUAAUGAAACAGGAGGAGCUGGCUGACUGUCUGCAGAGCAAAAAUCCUGAUCCACUUUGUGAGAAUACAUUUAAAUGUAACCUAAAGAAGAAGUUCCAGUGUGUGUUUGAGGGGAUUGCUAAACCAGGAACCCGAAUCACUCUAAAUGAGAUCUACACAGAGCUCUACAUCUCAGAUGGAGGGACCGGAGAGGUCAACACUGAACAUGAGGUCAGACAGAUUGAAAUGUUUUCCUGGAAACCAAACGGACCAGAAACAUCAAUCAGGUGUGAAGACAUCUUUAAAGCUUCGACUGAAAGAGACAAACCAAUCAGAACAGUUCUGACCAAAGGAGUGGCUGGCAUCGGGAAAACACUCCUGACACAAAAGUUCACUUUGGACUGGGCUGAAGACAAGACCAACUAGAACAUCCAGUUCAUUUUUCCAUUCACAGUCAGAGAGCUGAAUUUACUGAAGGAUAAAAAGUUCAGCUUAGUGGGAUUUAUUCAUCACUUCUUCACUGAAAUCAAAGAAGCAGGAAUCUGUAACUUUAAAAAGUUCAAAGUUGUGUUCAUCUUUGAUGGUCUGGAUGAGUGUCGACUUCCUCUGAACUUCCACAUCACUGAGAUCCUCACUGAUGUUACAGAGUCCACAUCAGUGGAUGUGCUGCUGACAAACCUCAUCAGGGGAAAGUUGCUUCCUUCUGCUCACAUCUGGAUAACCACAUGACCUGCAGCAGCCAAUCAGAUCCCUGCUGAGUAUAUAGACAUGGUUACAGAGGUCAGAGGGUUCACUGACCCACAGAAGGAAGAGUAUUUCAGGAAAAGACUCAGAGACAAGGAAGAGGCCAACACCAUAAUCUCUCACAUCAAGACAUCACGAAGCCUCCACAUCAUGUGUCACAUCCCAAUCUUCUGCUGGAUCACUGUUACAGUUCUAGAGAGUGUGUUAAAAACCAAACAGGCUGGAGGAAAGCUGCCCAAGACACUGCCUGAGAUGUACAUUCACUUCCUGGUGGUUCAGACCAAAGUGAAGAACAUCAAGUAUGAUGGAGGAGCUGAGACAGAUCCUCUCUGGAGUCCAGAGAGCAGGAAGAUGAUUGAAGCACUGGGGAAACUGGCUUUUGAGCAGCUGCAGAAAGGAAACCUGAUCUUCUAUGAAUCAGACCUGACAGAGUGUGGAAUUAAUGUCAAAGAGGCCUCAGUGUACUCAGGAGUGUUCACACAGAUCUUUAAAGAGGAGAGAGGGCUGUACCAGGACAAGGUGUACUGUUUUGUCCAUCUGAGCAUUCAGGAGUUUCUAGCUGCUCUUCAUGCCCAUUUGACAUUCAUCAACUCUGGUAUCAACCUGCUGGAAGAAGAACAAAUAUCAUCAGUGCAGACUUAUGAGUUUCCAGUAAGACAGUUCUAUCAGAGUGCUGUGGACAAGGCUUUAAAGAGUCCAAAUGGACAUCUGGACUUGUUUCUUCGCUUCUUCCUGGGUCUUUCAAUGCCAGCCAGUUGGGAUUUCCUACAAGAUCUGCCACACAAACCGGAAACAGUUUACAGAUAAAUCAGGAAACAGUUCAGUAUGUUUAAAAAAAAGAUGAAUGAUACUCUCUCUCCAGAGAAAAGCAUCAAUCUGCUCCACCAUUUGAAUGAACUGAAGGAUGACCCAAUAGUGAAGGAGGUCCAACAUCACCUGAGUUCAGGACACCUGUCUAAAGUUAAUCUCUCUCGUGGUCAGUGGUCAGCUCUGCUCUUCAUCUUACUGUCAUCAGAAACAGGUGUGGAUGUGUUUGACUUGAGGAAAUACUCAGUUUCAGAAGAGGCUCUUCUGCAGCUGCUGCCAGUGGUCAAAGCCUGUAAGAAAGCCCAGUUGAGUGGUUGUAACCUCACAGACAGAAGCUGUGAAGCUCUUUCCUCAAUUCUAAGUUCCCAGUCCUCCACACUGAGAGAGCUGGACAUGAGUAACAACAACCUCCAGGACUCUGGAGUGAAGCUGCUUUGUGUUGGACUCGGGAGUCCUCACUGUAUGCUGGAAACUCUCAGGUUGUCAGGCUGUCAGAUCACAGGAACAGGCUUCACCUCUCUGGCCACAGCUCUGCGCUCCAAUCCCUCCUAUUUGAAAGAGUUGGACUUGAGCUUUAAUCACCCAGGAGACUCAGAAAUGAAGCUUUUGUCUGCUCUAAAGGAGGAUCCACAUGUGAAACUGGA